CAAUUCCCCUCGCAGCUGGACCCAGAUCUCCCUACAAACAAGUGCCACCGUUGUGCUCCGGCUUUGACUGCAUAGCGAAUACUGACCUACAUUUGCAGCUCUCGCCUACGCGAUCAGCCCCUCGCUUUUCGUGAUUUUAGUUUAAGUAUAGUACCAGGAUGCAGCAUUCAGCGAACGCAGUGCGCGUGGGCGUGGGCUCGCAGCAGCGUGGACUGCUUCCGGUUCUCGUCGCGCUGAACCCACAAGCUGGCGCCCCGAUCGCCGCGCCGUUAUGCCCUUUGUCACGCCAAGCGAGUUCUUAUCAGCGCGCUGGGCGCAAGGGUUCACUGACCUCCAACGAUGCUGCUGCUGGUCGUGUCGUUGCGCGUGCUGCGGGGCCCUCGUCCACGGCUGCGACGUCGGGGCUUGGACUCUUUCCGGCCGGUAUGCAGACGGCGCGCGUGCAGCUGCCCGCGGUCGUUCUGCAGCUGGAGGCGUCGAAGGUGCUGGCGGAUGGCGCGGCGCUUGACACGCUGAGCCAGGCACUGCAGGGUGGCUGCAACAUGGUUGUUUUGUGGGACAGCAACGCAAACGCAGCAGCCAUGUACGACGCGGCACUGCGUGUCCAGGAGGCACUGCGUGCCCGUGCGCCGCUGCUGCUGGUUGACCGCACCGACAUCGCGCUGGCCAUCGGCGCGCAGGGCGUGCUGCUCACGGACCAGGGCGUGCCCACUGUGGUUGCCAAGCGCAUGAUGCCUCAGGCGUUGGUGGGGCGGGUGGUGGGCGACGAGGGCGCGGCGGCUGCGGCAGCGGCGGACGGAGCCAGCCUGGUUCUGGUGGAGGGCGCCGGCGGAGCCGUGCCGGCCGCCUCGAUGCUGACCGGCGCCAAGACCGGGCAGCGCUCCGGCAACGCCAUCCCGGUGCUGAUGAGCGUGCGGGCGGCCAGCGGCGCGGCGGGCGAGGCGGCGGGCGAGGCCCUGGCGGCGGCUGACGUGGACGGCGUGGCGACGUCUGUGGAGGCGCUGCCGGCGGUGGCGCGCGCGUGCUUUGACCUUGCGGAGAACGCCACCGCGGAGGACUAUGCUCAGGCCAUCCUGACGCGCCUCAACGUGAAGGCCGCGACGGCUGACGCCGCAGCCAAGCGCAAACAGGGCCAGUCCGCCAAGCCGGCGGCCGCCGCGGCCGCGUCCGCGCCCGCGGCCGCCGCGCCGGAGGCGCCGGCGGCCACGCCGCCGAAGGCGGCCGGCGGCAGCGCCGCUGCCGCGGCGCCGGCGGCUGCGCCGCCAAUGCCCACUGUGAAGCGGCCUGGCGGCGCCGCCAGCCGGCCUCUGCGGCGGCUGAUGGACCCGGAGCGCGAGUCGCUGCUGAGCGAGGAGAAGGCCAAGCUGACGGAGGUGCUGGCGUUCCUUGAGGAGGUGCUGCCGGGGGUGAACGAGCUGGGGCUGCUGCGCGAUGCACUCAAGGCCCUGGAUGAGCCGUUCUUGGUGGCGGUGGUGGGCGAGUUCAACAGCGGCAAGAGCUCCGUCAUCAACGCCCUGCUGGGCAGGCGCUACCUGGCUGAGGGCAUCCUGCCGACCACCAACGAGAUCUCCAUCCUCAAGUACUCGGACACUGCGCCCGCCACCUCCAACCCCUCGCAGGUGCAGUUGGUGCAGCAGUCGGAUGGCCUCUACGUUCGGUACCUGCCAGCUAAGCUGCUGCAGGACCUGAACAUUGUGGACACGCCCGGCACCAACGUGAUCCUGGAGCGCCAGCAGCGGCUCACGGAGGAGUACGUGCCGCGGGCCGACCUGGUGCUGUUCGUCAUGAGCGCCGACAGGCCCUUCAGCGAGAGCGAGGUCCGCUUCCUGGAGUACAUCCGGCAGUGGCAGAAGAAGGUUGUGUUUGUGGUGAACAAGUCGGACAUCCUGGAAUCCAGCGACGAGGUGGAUGCCGUCAAGGAGUUCGUGGCCGCCAACGCACAACGCAUCCUGCGGCUGGACCGGCCCAGCGUCAUCGCGGUGUCGUCGCGCUCCGCGCUGCGCGCCAAGCUGACUGCCUCCAACCUGCCCAUCACCGCGUCCUUCGACUCCGACCUGCCCUCCGCCUCGCCCACCGCGCCGCUGUCCAACGUGGACCCGGAGGCCAUGGAGGCCGCGCUGUCCAACAGCCGCGACUGGGCGGUGUCCAACUUCAGCGAGCUUGAGCGAAACGUGUCCAACUUCCUGGUCGGCAAGGGCGCGGGCGGCGGCGAGGGCGUGCGGCUCAAGCUGCAGACGCCGCUGUUUGUGGCGGAUGCGCUGCUGGGCGCGGCGGGGCGGCAGCUGGAGACGGACCUGGCGGCGGCUCGCGCCGAGCUGGAGGGCGUGCAGCUGGUGGGUCGCCAAUUGGGCCGCUUCCGAGCGGAGAUGGAGAAGGACGCGGCGGCGCAGCGGGCGGCACUGCAGCCGGUUCUGGCCGAGGUGUUGGCCCGCGCUGAGAAGUUUGUGGACAGCACUGUGCAGCUGAGCAACGCGCCGCUGCUCGUCUCCAUCGCGGCCGGCAACAAGGAGUACCCGUUCAGGGCCGCCUUUGAGAAGGAGGUGGUGGGCGGCGGCUUUGAUGCGCUGCGCUCCGCAGUGGCUGAGCACGGCUCCUGGCUCAGGGCCAACUGCGCCAACCAGAGGGACUACUACGCCCAGUUCGCGGCCUCCCGCGCCGCCGCCGCGGGCCUGCCCGACCUGGCCACCGCCGCUGUGGCCGCCACCUCCUCGUCCGCAUCCGAAGCAGGCAGCAAGUCGGCACCCGCUGCCUCCUCCUCCUCUGCGCCCCCGCAGACGGAGCUGAGCGGAGACCGCGCCGCCAGCGGCGCCGACGCCUCCAGCAGCACCUCCGCCUCCAGCCCCGCGCUCCGGGCCGUUGGCGACUUCAACCUGCGCGCCAUCUCCACCCUGCUGGACACCGAGCUGCAGCAGGCCAUGGCCACCACCGCCGGCACAGCGGUCGGCGCGCCGGUCUUCGGCCUGUUCGCGAUGCAGAUUGUGGGCAACACGCUGGAGGACCUGCUACUGGCGGCGCUGGCGGGCGGCGUGAGCUACGUGUCGCUGCUCAACCUGCCGCUGCGGCGCGCCGAUCUCAAGGGCAAAAUCGGGCGGGUGGCGGGCAACUUCGUGAGCGACGUGCAGGCCAAGAUGGAGCAGGAGGUGGCGGACGAGGUCAAGGCCACCGUCGCGGCUGUGGGCGAGUUGAUGGCGCCGCUGGAGCAGACCUAUGGGGCGGAGGUGGCGCGGCUAGAGGCGCGCAAGUCGGACCUGGUGGCAUUCGGGGAGGCGCUGCAGGAGCUGCAGCGGCGGACCGCCAACCUGGAGUAACUAGCUGUAGAGUAUGACUGGGAGCAACGGGAUACCAAGUUGUUGCGAGGGAGGCGGUUUGGUAUGGGGCACGGUGAUAGCCGUGGCUUCGCAUUCGCUCCAAUGGAUGGAUUGGUGGGCAAUGCAUAGGAGUAGGGCAGUGUAGUAUGCAGCUGCCAUGUCAGGGUUGGGUAGGCAUGAGAGCGCUUGCGUGGGGUCACAUGGAGGGUGGAAUUGCAGGCGGUAAGCUGACAGGUAUGGAAGCCGCAGCGGCAUUCGGGAGUCAGCUGCAAUGGUAAUUCGAAACCCCAGCAGUGCAGUUUUGUAGUUGAGCAAGCCAUCUUGAGUUUUUGGUUACAUUGCGUGUCGGAGAUGUGAAUACUGCCUAUAGUAGUGACACGGAAAAAGAGUAUAACGAGCAGGUAGGUGGCAGUUGUACGCGCAGCCGGCUGGGAAGCUGCGUGCCAGGGCUGGACGUGCAUGGGGAGCAUGGUAGUCGACGCGACUUAAGUAGCUGCGCGAGUGGGAGCGGGUAGUUGCGCGGGCGGACGGCAGGGAAGCUGCGACGGGCGGGGGCCUGCAGUCGAGCGCGCGUGGCUGGCUGUCGGCGCGCGCGGAGCGGCUGGGAGCGCACAGUUGCGUGCGGCGCCGGCUGGUAAAAGAUGCGUGCCACGCUGGCUGGUGUAAGGCUCAGAGGGA